CAGGAGGCGACGAACUCCGCCGGUCCCCUGGUCACCAGAGCGACGAGCAUCAUCGAUUGCAAUCGAUUCACAUAGUGCAUCAUCGCCCACCUCCUGGCUGUGACAAUCUACCUCGAAGACACUGGUGGGACCAUCAAUCAUAUCAGGACGUCACCAGCAGUCCGAUGCGUGCAUCUCAUUCAUAAUUCACGGUAGUAGCGCGAUUGUAGAUUAAAACCACUGUCGUCUGUGCACCUUCCACGGAUGGGGCAAUCACACAAUUACACGAACUCUCUCUGAGAAGUCUCAUUCUGUGAAGCCCUCUUGCCGUGGCCGGCAGUCCUCGACGUUGGCAUCAAGCUCCUGAACACACCGCUGCUGCCAUGCCCAAUAACGCAUCGAGAUUCACAUGCAUGGAGUCAUGCGAAUUGGUUACAUAAGAUUUAUACAAAAUUAUCUGCAAAUAAUAUGCAGGCUGGCUGCCUACGUGUAUAUAUUUUACCUCAAUUUUAUGAAAUCGUUUGAAUGUAGAGGGAUUUCCCCCAUUGUCAUGUUUUCCCUCUGAUCUGGCAACCGGAGUGGGGACGGAAGCCGCCUCGGAGGGACUGGACGUGAGUGAGGCGCCGAGACCACGGCAUUCAAACAUUACAUUACCUCAUUAUUACAUUACCUUACACGGCGAUUAUUACAACAACAAUAGGAACACAAUUGUCAUUGCAUACGUAGCAAUGAUAAAUGUUACGAGUCUUGUCGUGAGUGAGCAGGAGUCAUGGCUUGCAGUGGGAUGAUGCAGGAGUGCCCUCUGCUUGUGCGGCUGAACCAAGAGGGAACCCUCUAUGAUGGCUUCAUCACCGUCAGGGAAAGAGAUUUUAGGUUGCAUGUUGCACUUCCACCAGAUGGCCAAGUGAGAAAUGCAAGGCUGCACUGCAGCUGGCAGCUCAAGCAGGCACUCCGAGGCCACCAAGCACUUGUGAAGCAGAGGCUAGAACAAAGCCAGUCCUUAGAAGACUUCAUCGUGGAGCUAAAGAUGAUCUUGGAGACUUCUUUAAGGAGCAAAAGAGCACUGCACGCGCCACCACCUCCUUCUUACUACUCGCGGCUCAUUGGAGAAAUUGAGGCCCUGGGAUGGGAAACGCUAACUUUCAUCGACCCCAACUUCAGCACUAUUGGGUUCAGCUUCUGGGACACAAGUGGACGCCCGCAUACCAUCACCCUCAACCUGAAGCCACAGUACCCUGUUGAGGCUCCAGAAUGCUUGGUUGAUAUCCCUGUGACAUUUGACCUUCACUGGACCCCACAAAGCAGCCUGGCUACCAUGCAAAGUCAUUUCCUGACAGCCGUGGAAGCCCUGAAGGAUUUCUGGGACACGAUGGAUGAGAUCGACCGGAACACCUGGGUGCUGGAACCCGAGAAGCCCUCCCGUGCUUCCACUACACGCCGCAUCGCCAUUGGCAAUAGUGCAUCGCUGCACCUGGAGGUGGACCCACAGCAUCCCAAGACGUUUCCCGAAUGUCGCUUCCUAGGUGCUGACCACGUGGUCACCCCUCUAAGGAACAAGCUCAGUGCAAACAUGCAUCAUUGGCACCCUGAAGCCUCAGUAUUGCACAACCUGCUCCACCUGCUGGAGAUUGAGCUUCCUUCGCCCGCAACCCACAACAAGGCCGACUUCAGUAUGGAGUGUGGCAUCUGUUAUGCAUACCGGCUGGAAGGUGCAAUCCCUGACCAGGUGUGCGACGAGCCUCGGUGUGGUCAGCCCUUCCACCAGGCCUGCCUUUACGAGUGGCUGAGGUCUCUUCCCUCGUGCACACAGAGCUUCAACGUCGUGUUUGGAAAGUGUCCUUACUGCAGCAAGCCCAUUACAUUGAAGUUGGGUCCAAACACCACAUAAGUAGUUCCGAGUGAGAAACUGGUAUUCAAUGUGAAUGUUCCCCAGUUCUGGGGUGUUAAAAUGAAUUUUGUUACUUCAAAGCAAUACAAUUCUCCACAGAAGACACGUGUGCGCCUGUUAUCACACCAUGCCAAUGAGUUGCCAGUUCUAAUUCUAAAUAGAUUUUUGGUUUAGGCCACGUGAUGAUCUGGCAACAUUUCUGCUGUAAGACUCUCCACCACCCAACAUAACCAAUCAUUAAAUCGACUACAGAUAUUUGACCAAACCAUUACGUGGUCUGACUCAAAACACAAUUAUAAAUGAUUAUGGCUGCAAAAUCUACAUGUUAAGAGUUCCUAGUUUAAGCACAUGGCAGUGCAUAUGCUUUCGGAAUUUAUAAAAUACAAUUUUUUUUAUUUGUAUGAAGUCGAGAACACUUUGAUGGUUGAAUUUGUUAUAGAUGUAUAGUGUACUCUAAUGGUGGAUUGCAGAUUGUGUGAAUCAGUGCUGAAAUAAACCUUUUGUAAAUGUUGCCGCUUCAUUUAUGCAUAUUGUAAUCAUGCUCUUACCCAUUCUUGUUAAGUACUGUUUGUUCUGUUUGAGAAAUGUAGUUUAAUUUCAAAUGUGGUUAAUUCAAGAUGGAUUUUAUUUAAUACAAAACAUUGAAAUAUGGAAUGAUACAUUGUACUUUAUACCACAUUAGAUGUGAAGGUCAGUGAGCUUAGACGGAUUUUGUUGUGUUUGUGUAAGCUACGCUUCAGUACCUGUACACCCAAACCAUGUCUUGACAAUGGUGUGGGAAUGGAGUUGGGAAGGCAUUUAUUUGCCUUCCCCACCAACAUUUGAAUUGAGGAAAUCAUAUACUUGUGCCCUCAAAAUAAUGCGGGCGGAUAUAAUUGUACCACAUAUAAUAGCGAUUUGUUGUGCCCUGCGUCUCCACACUGCGGGAACUUGGCGUUCCAGGAAAUAUCGGUUUAGUGCAUUAAUGCACAACUGCUGUAGCAUUGGAUUGUUUGUUCCAGAAUUGGAUUGUAAUAUUUGUGGUUCCGUUGGUGUUCUCCUUUCUACCUUUUAAUGUAAAUAAAACCUAACAUCAAAGCAAUAUUAAUA